UUAAUUGUAGCAGAGCUCACUCUUUGGAGCGAACAGAACCAAAAUUUUCUAAAAAAAUGAGAACGGAAAAGAAGAGCUCGAUUUUGUAAUGGCGGCUUCUUAGGAUUUGCUGGUGCUGCAUUUGCAGAUUUACGUAGUAACAUACUUGGGAGUUUAGUUAUUUUUGUUUUACGAAGAUGGGGAGGUUGCCUGGAAGAUGGAUUAAGAACUUGCUUCUUGGAAAGAAAUCAUCUAAGUCCAAUUUUUCAAAAGGAAAAGAGAAGUUGUAUGUGGCAAAGAAAGAAGAAGGGUUGGUUUCUUCUCAGGUAACUGUAUCAGACUUCUCACUAGCUCCUCAGUCAAUUUCAGCACCUAUUCCAGCAACUGUUACUAGGAACGGAGUCAACUUUGAGAAGGACAUAUCUGCUGACUUGUGAAGUGAUGAAGUUAAUGUUGCAUCUAUAAAAAAUGAUGGAGAUCAUGACGCGAGCAGUAAUUUGAGUCCCCAGGAAGAUUCUCAGAGCCUUAGGCUUGAGCAAGCUGCUACAAAGGCACAAGCCUUUUAGAGGCUGCCUGGUAUUUACUUGUGCUUGAAAUUGUCUAUGAAACUUGAAAGCUACUUAACACCAUAGUUUCUAGUAUGUUGUGUUGAAACUCUUCUGAAUUUCAUAUUAGAUGUUUCAGUUUGCACCAUGCAUUUUGUACUAUAGUAGUUGAUUAUUUUUAAAGGUAAAAUCUAUUAGAGCUGGGGCUUAAAUUUAUUAUUCUGAACUAUAUAUAAUUCACAACUUUGUUUCAUUGCAUGAUUGCUAGUUCUUUUUGAAUAGUUCCUAGUUCAAUAAACAUAAAUGUGCUGCAUGCUGCUUCUACUUUUUCCAUUGUAGAAGAAAUAUUCCUGAAAAGAUUUUUUCUUUCAAAGGUUGCCUUGGCAUUCAAGAGGCUAUUUGGACAAGUGAACUUAGCUUCUACAUGCUGCAUAUAAAAUUUCCGCUUACUGCACACUGUUUCUGCUCUAAAAGAAGACUAAUGUAAGCCUUGAUAUUUAAAGUUCACAACCUUUUGGUGUCUAUGGCAAUGGAUUGUGUGGUUAGUUAGCCAUUUGAGUAAAAGUGACUUGUCAGA